GUUCAGAUCCAGCUUUCAUCCCAUCACAAAUUAUUAUUAAAAUAAAAUAAAGGUUAAUACCUAUCAACCUUAGAAAAGUCAACACGGCCUGUUAAAGACUAUUAAUAUAACACCACUAUUUCAUCAAACACAAAAAAGAUUCAUGUGUGUUCAAGGGGGGCUCCAUAUGGCAAUCAACAUGUGAAUGCUUCUUCUUCUUUCAUAUUGGUUAAGGUGAAUCAAACGACGAUUCGCUCCAUCUCUUUCCAAAACCCAAAACCACGAAACCCCUUCGAUAGAGAUCAAGAAUGUACGCCGCAAACCACUGGGGAGGAUCACUAGAAAUAGCAAGUGAACAUGAUCAUGACGAUCAAAACCGAAGAAACCGGACCACCGACGACACCGAUAGGGCAUCAUUAUACAACAUUCAAAGCCAACACAGUGGAGCCUUGGAUGAGACUCAGCAAAGUUGGCUACUAAAUCCAGAUGAUGCAUCAAGAAAAAAGAACAAAAACAAGUACGUUGACUUAGGGUGCAUUCAAGUGAAACGAAAAGCAUUGAAAUGGACAGUGAUUGCAAUAUUCAUAGCUUUUGUGGUGAUCGGACUUCCGAUCAUAAUCACAAAGUCGUUGCCGGAUCAUAAACCAAAGCCACCACCACCGGAUCAGUACACGGAAGCAUUGCAUAAGGCUCUACUGUUCUUCAAUGCCCAAAAAUCCGGGAGGUUACCGAAGAACAAUGGGAUCAAAUGGAGAGGGAACUCAGGGCUUCAAGACGGAUCCGAUGCAACCGAUGUCAAGGGGGGUUUAGUAGGUGGAUACUACGACGCGGGUGACAAUACUAAGUUCCAUUUCCCGAUGUCAUUCGCUAUGACAAUGUUGAGUUGGAGUGUAAUCGAGUACCCUCACAAGUACAAAGCGAUCAAAGAGUAUGAUCACGCUCGAGAACUUAUCAAAUGGGGAACCGAUUACUUGCUCCGUACCUUCAACUCCUCAGCUACUAUAAUCGACCACAUUUAUGGCCAGGUGGGCGGAUCUCAAAACGGUUCAACCACAAAUGAUGAUCACACGUGUUGGCAAAGACCCGAAGACAUGGACUACAAGCGACCCUCACAAAGGAUUCAAGCAGGCGCCGAUCUUGCUGGGGAAAUGGCGGCUGCAUUAGCAGCAGCGUCCAUAGUCUUUAAAGACGACGCUGACUACUCUAAGAAGCUUGUGAAAGGUGCCACUACAGUAUGGACAUUUGCUAGAGACAGUGGUAAGCGUAGCCCAUACUCUAGAGGCAACCUUUUCAUAACACCCUACUAUAACUCCACAGGGUAUUAUGACGAGUACAUGUGGGGUAGUGCUUGGAUGUACUACGCCACUGGUAACUCUAGCUACCUAUGGUUAGCUACGCAAAGGGGGCUACCUAGACAUGCGAGAGCUUUUACAAAUACCCCUAGUCAACGGGUUCUUAGCUGGGAUAACAAGGCCCCGGCAGCCAUGCUCUUGUUAACAAGGAUGCGCGUGUUCUUGAACCCUGGGUACCCUUAUGAGGACUUGUUGCGUGGUUAUCACAACGCCACCUCGCUCACCAUGUGUUCGUACCUGCCACAAUACCAAUUCUUUAACUGGACUCAAGGGGGGCUAAUCCAACUCGGCCAAGGCCGACCACAAAAUCUUCAAUAUGUCGUGAAUGCGGUGUUUAUGGCAUCGCUUUAUGCGGAUUAUUUGGAAACGGCUAAUCUUCCUGGAUGGUAUUGUGACACGGAUUUUUUUCCGACGAAAACACUUAGGGACUUCGCCACUUCUCAGAUGGACUAUAUUUUGGGGGAUAAUCCGAUGAAAAUGAGCUACGUGGUGGGACACGGCAAGAAAUUCCCGACACACGUUCACCAUCGAGGUGCAUCGAUACCAACUAACAACAUCAAAUACUCAUGCAAAGGCGGGUUUCAAUGGUUGUCUUCUGGUAAACGUAACCCACACAACAUCACGGGUGCCAUGGUCGGUGGUCCUGACCGAUUUGAUAAGUAUAAAGACGUGCGUUCGAAUUACAGCUAUACCGAACCCACCUUGGCUGGAAAUGCAGGCUUGGUUGCCGCACUUGUGUCGCUCACUGCAACCGCAGGUGAUGGCGUCGACAAGAACUCUAUAUUUUCAGCUAUUCCACCGUUAUUUCCACCGUCACCACCACCUCCAGCACCAUGGAAACCAUGAAAAUCUUUGUAAUUAAUAUGAACACAAUGUAUAACUGAUUUCUUUGUUACAUUUUGCAACUUGAUAUCUUAAAUUAUAUAAAAUAAAUGAGCUUUUCGAGUUA